AUGAGUGAAACAAAUAAAUUAGUUGAUUCCAUCAAUUUGGUGACGUCGAUUAAAAACUUAAAGACACCAUAUGAAUUUAAAGAUAUGCAAUUGCAAGAUGCAACAGCGUUUCUUACACAAUUUAAUGAUUAUGUUAAAGCACUUAGCUUCAAUGAGUUUGAAUGCAAAAUAGCUCUUAGGCUGGCACUUAAAGGGACAGCAGCAAGAUGGUUAGAGUCACAUCAAGAGAGGUUAUAUGUAGAUAUUGCUAACAUGUUUUUAAAGAGAUUAGUUCCACCAGACAAGAGUUUACAUGCGAUUACAAUGCUUAAGAAUCUUAACCAACACCCAGUGAAUCACUAUGGGGUUUUCUUGACAAAGCAAGUUUAA